CGUCCACCGCGUUGUCCGGAGUCGAAUGUGCAUUUUCGAAGAUCCUUGGUUCCUCGCAAUUAAGACCUACGAGGCCGAGGGUGCCCCCGGCAGAUCAUCUCUGAGUGGAUAACGAGCGAAAUCAACGGAUUGGCGAUUCCCGGAACGAUAGAUCAAGGGCGGGCCAGCUAUUGGAAGGUGAAAAAGGGCGACGAGAGAGAGAAAAGGAGCGGGAAGAAAUUCGGAACAAAAGGAACCUGUUACGGUCGCCAGGAUCCUUCCGUGGGACGUCGUCCUUACCGUCUCAGUCCGACCGGAUCCUUCGCUGUGUCAGUGCCACGAGGGAUUGCCUCCCGUGAAAGUGUCUAACCAAAUACUGCUGCCAGCUAAAUACUAACGCAGCACCGUGUCAGUCGACCUUUGACAACGCCAGAUAACGAAAGUGUCCGGUUAAAUCGUACGUAAGCCGAUCGAAAAUGCUGAGGAUCUUGAUCUCGAUCUGCUGCGCCGUGGCCGCCCUCUCUCCCGGGGUCCUCGGCAAUCCUGUUGCCGUGCAAGACGGCGAAGGGCUCGCUCUGCGGAUCCUUCACACGAACGACAUGCACGCAAGAUUCGAGCAGACGUCGAGAUUCUCCGCCAUCUGUUCGGAAAACGACGCGAACGAAGGGAAAUGUUACGGAGGAUUCGCGAGGCUGGCGACCCUGAUUCGAGAAGCGAGGCGAUCAUCCGUUCCUUCCCUCUUCCUGAACGCGGGGGACACUUAUCAAGGAUCGAUAUGGUACAACGUGUACAAAUGGAAAGUGGUCGCCAAGUUCCUGAACCUGUUGGCACCGAACGCCACGAGCUUGGGUAACCACGAGUUCGACGACGGCGUCAAGGGUCUCGUCCCCUUCAUCCAGAACGCGUCGUUCCCCAUAGUCACCGCGAACCUGGACCUGAGCCAACAACCGGACCUAGCAGCCACGAAUUUGCUGAACAGCACCGUUCUAACCGUGGAAGGGACAAAGAUCGGCAUCAUCGGAUACUUGACGCCCGAGACCAAGACGAUCUCUGUCACGGACAACGUGAUCUUCCUGGACGAAGUGGAAAGCAUUCGCAGGGAAGCGAGCCGGCUGAAAGCGCAAGGCGUCAACAUCCUGAUAGCCGUCGGGCACUCCGGUUUCGACGUCGACAAGAAAAUCGCCAGAGAAGUGGAGGACAUCGACGUUGUGAUCGGCGGGCACACCAACACCUUCCUUUACAAUGGCAAACAACCCGACCUUGAAACGCCCGAUGGCCUCUAUCCGACGACGGUGGUGCAGAAAAGCGGCAGAAAAGUGUACGUGGUCCAGGCGUACGCGUACACCAAGUACCUGGGUAAUUUUACGGUGAAAUUUAACAAGGAAGGCGAGGUCACCGAGAUCAAGGGCAAUCCUGUGUUGGUGGACAACAGCAUCGAACAGGCAAAGGACAUUUUGGAAGAACUAGAAGGAAUGAGAGCAGCCGUUAAUAAUGUGAGCCACACAGUAGUUGGAAAAACCCAUGUUUUCCUCAACGGAGAUAGUAAAGUCUGCAGACGCGUAGAGUGCAAUCUUGGCAACUUGAUUACUGAUUCUAUGAUCGAUUUUAAUGCUCGGGAGUAUGGCAACAAAGAUGGCUGGACAGAUGCAGCAAUAGCUUUCCAUAACAGUGGAAGUAUUAGAACUUCUAUCAGCAGGAGCAACGAUGAUAAAGUUACCAGGGGCGAUAUUCUUAGUGUUUUACCUUUUCAUAAUUCUAUAAUAAAAGUAAAAAUGACUGGAGAAACGAUGCUAUCGGUUCUAGAAUGGAGCGUUUAUUACUUGAACUUAAACACAACUUCAAACUUGCCUGGUGGAUUUAUACAAGUCUCGGGUCUUCAGGUGGUUUAUGACUUAACUAAACCAAGCAAUUCUAAAGUGGUUUCAGUAUAUGUACAAUGUGCAAAUUGCAGUAUUCCAUCAUAUAGUGAGUUAAAAAAGAAUGAAAUCUAUAUGGUGCUUGUGACUGAUUUUAUGCAAUCUGGUGGUGAUGGAUUCGCUAUGUUAAAGGAUCUCAAGACGUAUCCUUUGGGUUCGACUACAGCAGAUGUACUUUCACAAUACUUUAUGGAACACAGCCCUGUGUACCCAGGUGUUGAGUGGAGGAUCAGUUAUGUAACAGAAAACCAUAAACCUAACAGUUUUGAUAGCAAUGGUUCGAGUAACCUGCAUCAGUCUGUUAUAGUAACUAUUUUAUUACCAUUAUUAGUUAGCUGGCUAUUCAUAACACAAACCUGAAGAGUAAGAGCAUAGGUUGAGUAUAGUCAGGAUUAAGCAGUAUUUAAAAAUCGAAUAAGUUACAUAAAUACUUGCAGUUGUUUAUGUGCGUCCUAUCUAAGUACAUCUCUACCUCAAAUUGUACAUUUUUACUAUAGGCUUUAAAUCCCUCUUGUCGAGCGAUUAAUAAUUUAUAAAUACGAUUCAUUCAAAUUUCCAGUUGUAAAUAAUUCAAACGAAAAAAAUAAAAUAUUAAAUUUA